AUGAAUCCCUACAUUAGCUGGGCGAUCUUGCUGGUCGUGGCUGGUGGCCUCGGCUGGUACUACACCAAUGGCACAACCCCCAAGGCCAACGUGAUUCGAACUGCCGUGGAGAAAACAGAGACCACCGUAGCACCCAAGAAGUCGAAGCGCAAACCGUCGUCUCGCCCCCCCACCACCGAGGAUGAGAAGCCAGAUGAGGAAAUCGAUCGCAAGGAGAUGGCCCGCCGCAUGGCCGGUCUCAAGACCAACGCUCCCGCCCAGCCUGCUCCCACCAAGCCCGCUCCCACCAAGAGCCAGAAGAAGAACAAGAAGAAGGCCGCGCAGCUCGACGUCAGCGACACCCGUGCCUCCUCGACCACUGGCGCUGAGGCUGACGACGAUCUGUCUUCCGCCGGAUCUCCCUCGGUGAACGCCACUGUCCCCUCGGCCGGAUAUGUUUCCGACAUGCUGGAGGCCCCCGCCCCGACCAAGAAGCAGAAGCCUCAGGCUUUUAAGGAGGUGGAGACCAAGAAGCAGCGCCAGCAGCGUCUCAAGAACGAGGCCCGCAAGCAGCAAGUUCAGGAGGCUGAAGUUGAGCGCAAGAAGCUGCUUGAGAAGCAGCUGCACACCGCUCGCGAGGCUGAGCGCCGUGAGGCUGCCCGAUCAACCGCCCCCGCUGCCAACGCAUGGCAGACUAAGGGAAACGCUGCUCCAGUGAAGACCAACGGCAAUGGCGGAUCCCACCCCGCCCCCGCCAACCUCCCCUCAGAGGAGGAGCAGAUGCGCCUCUUGGGAGCUGCCAAGGGCGAUGACGAAUGGACCACUGUCUCCAAGAAGCAGCCCAAGAAGAAGGGUGCCAAGUCUGAUGAGAGUGUCAGCGAAACCAGUGCCUCGGAGAACCAGUCCACCCCUGUUGCUCCUGCCCCUGUUGAGCCCCGUGUGACGGUGACCCCUACCUAUCUCCCUGACAUCUUGCGCUCGCGUGAGAAGGGCCACCCACUGGACUCUGACUGGGCUGCGUGA